AUAACAAGAUUUGCAGAAAGAGAGAGAGAAAAGGAAUCUAAAGAUCAAAGCUUCAAUCUUCAUCUCUGACUGUUCAGAAAACAAGUUCCUUGAUUACAUAUAUUCAUAAAAGAGGAAUCUUCCGGCAAUCGAAUGACGGCCGACGGAGGAUCUGGCCGGCUACCGACUUGUAAAGAAAGGGAGAACAACAAGAGAAGAGAACGAAGAAGAAGAGCCAUAGCUGCCAAGAUAUUUUCAGGUCUUAGAGCUCAAGCUAACUUCAAACUUCCCAAACACUGCGAUAACAACGAGGUCUUAAAAGCCCUAUGCUCUGAAGCCGGUUGGAUCGUCGAAGAAGAUGGAACUACUUACCGCAAGGGUUGUAAACCACCGCCAAUCUCGAUGGAAAACAACAUAAUGGGUAGCAGUGCUUGUUCUUCGCUUCAGCCAAGUCCAACAUCAUCUUCAUUCCGUAGUCCUAUACCAUCUUACAAUCCUAGCCCUACAUCUUCUUCCUUCCCUAGCCCAACUCGUAAUAAUGAUUCAUACAUCCUUCCGUUCUUGCAAAACCUAGCUUCCAUUCCUUCUUCAUUGACCCCACUUCGUAUAUCCAACAGCGCUCCUGUAACACCGCCAAUUUCUUCUCCAACGUCUAAGGGUUCGAAACAAAGACCUGUCUGGGAAUCUCUUUCUAAUAAUGAUUCACUAAACUCACUCCGUCAUCCUUUUUAUGCUGUCUCUGCACCUUCUAGCCCUAAACGUAGUCGUCAUCGUGCACCUCCUAUGACUAUACCUGAAUGUGAUGAACUUGAUGCAUCUGUACUUGAUUCAGUUAGGUGGGUUAAAUUCCAAACGAUGCCGCCGCCUGUGUUUGACUCUCCAUCUUCUCCUAUGUUUAAUCUGGGAAAACCUCCUGCUCACCCGACUGUACAACAUGAUGAUGAUGGUGGGCAACAGAAGAAAGGGUACUAUUAUAGCUCUGAUUUCAAGUUUGAGAACAUAAAGUUAAAGGCUUGGGAAGGUGAAAGGAUACAUGAAAUUGGUGCAGCUGAUUUGGAACUAACACUUGGGUCAAACAAAGUUCAUGCUUAAGCUUUGUUAGGUGUUUGUUCUCGAUGAACCAAGUAAGUUGGUGAUGAGCAAAUCAAGAUUAUUAUUAUUAUUAGUUGGGUCAAACAGUGCAUUAUGCAUAUGAUAGGUAGAAGAAAUGUGAAGUUAUUUUGAUGGAGGAUAAUGAAAGGAAUAGGAAAGUGACUUUCUAGGGUGGAGUCAGAAUCUUGGGCCAUUGGGUUUUCUUCUUUGUACUAGAGUUGUUGUAGUACUAGUCUUUGUGAGUUGUCGGCAUUGAUGAAUGACUGUGGGGUUUGGGUCAAAUAGGGCAUCUUUGAAUAGAAGAAGAAAUAAUGGGGGUGGGGGGUGGGGUGGAGGGGCCUCAAUUCACAUGUGAUUCGUUCGUUAUUUGUGAAUCUCUUCACUGUCAUAUGUACUCUCUACUUUUUCAGAGGUUCCAAUUCAACAAAAAACAACAAUACAUUCAUAAAUGUUUUUCUAUGCUUUUCAA